AUGUCAACAUCACCUAUUGAUAGUGUUGGAUCAAGUGGUGGUAUUAAUCGUAUAAUCUCCCAUAUAUCAACAACUUAUCAUAAUAAUUCAGUUGGAGAUGUAGAAAAUCCAGUGAAUCGAUCAUCAACUAAUCAAACAUCAACAAAUGAAACAACAUGGAUACAUAGAUUCUAUGGUCUUGAUCGUAUAUUUUCUGGUAGUUUACUUCAUUUAGUAUAUCGUGUCAUUGAUAUAGCACUUUUAUUAAUCGGUUUAAUAUCAAGCAAACAUAAAUGCAAUGUAUCAAAUCGUUUAGCUAUAACAUCAAUAUGUUUAGUAAUAUUUUAUAUUAUUGAUUUAAUAAUAAUUAUAUUUUUUUUAUUACGUAAUGUUUCAUUAUGUAAUUCAGAAUUAACUGAAGAACAAAAAUUAGAACGAUUACGUCGUGCAUCAAUCUUACGUGGAGUUUUUAUGUUUUUUAAAAUUAUUCCAAUAUGUUUUGGCACAGCUUAUUCAUUUUCAUCAACAUUAUCAGAUUCAAAUGAAUGUGAAUUAAUGCGUUUUUGUCUUGGUAUUGUUUGUUUAAGUACAUGGUUCCUUUUACUUAUACCACCAACAAAACCCGAAUUACCUGUACGACGUUCAUUAAUUGUUGAAUGUUUUAUUCUUCUAUUUGUUUUAAUUAUUAAUUGUACAUAUAUGGGUACAGUAGCAAAUGCAAUGGAAGAUGUUCAAUAUUCAACAUGUAUAUAUAAUAGUACAGAAGAUUUAUAUUUAGGUGCACCAUUAAAAUCAUAUGCAUUUGUUGGAUUAAUAUUAUUUAGUUGUACAACAAUAAUACAUAUUAUAAAUUUAAUUAUAAGUCAAGUUUGCUUUCGUUUAAAUCGUCAAAGACAACUUUAUAUAUAUUAUUAUGCAUUACAAUAUAUAUUAAAUUAUUUUGGUACAAUAAUUGUUAUUUAUUAUUUUUCUGUCGGUGGUUUAUUUUUAUUUCAACCACGUUCAGGUCAAUCAUGUCGACUAUAUGCACCAAAUUUAUAUCGUAUAUUAUUAAUAUGGGAAUGGAUAAGAAUAUUAUCACCAUUAAUAGUUAUACCAUUAAUUAUGAUACUUUGUUGUUUAGGAGUAUUUUUUGGUAUUAUUUUAAGUUAUUGUUUACCAGCAUCAAUAACUGUACCUAUUCUUGAAUUACUUCAAGGAUGGAGAACAGCUGCACCAAUGACAAUUAAUCCAAAUCCACCAGCAACACAGGAAAAUAUUGAUGCUGUACCUGUAGUUGCAUUUGGACAAGAACCUGAUCAAUUUAAUCAAACUGACUGUGCGAUAUGUCGAACUAAUUUUGAAACCAGUGAACUAUUAAAAAAGCUUGAAUGUGGACAUUUAUUUCAUUCUGAAUGUGUUGCCAAUUGGUUGCGAAUAACACGUAUUUGUCCUAUAUGUCGCCAACGUAUGACGACAGUAAAUUCAUAG